UCCCAGCAAUCAAACAGAAACACAAUCCGGCUUUACAGAGUCUCCUCUCAGAGAGUGUCAGACUGCUGACAGAGAAAUCAGCUGCAGGGGCAUUGGCAUGACUCACCUGCCAAUCAUCCACAACCCAGAGGCCACAAAGCUGGACAUGGCAGAGAACAACAUCAGAGUCCUCGCUCUGCAACCUCUCUCUGGUCUGCUGAACUUGGACACACUGGACCUGAGCAAAAACAAACUGGAUGAUGAGUCAUUCGGCCAAAACCCCCUGUCUAACCUGACCUUUCUGAAGAAGCUGAACCUAGAUGGCAACCAGCUUACCAGAAUCCCAGCACUGCCAUCAUCUCUGGAGGAGCUCAAGGUUAACAGCAAUAUGCUCGGUACACUCACCCCUCACUGUUUCAAAGGUUUGAUGAACCUGUUGACUCUGGAGCUGGAGGAGAAUCCUCUCCAUGAGGGCAGUGUGUCGCCACAAGCCUUUAGACCAUUAGAGAGACUUCUGCACCUCCAGAUGGACAACAACCGCUUCCGUUUCCUUCCUCUGGGCCUUCCUCGCUCUCUUCAGGAGCUGAAAAUGAAUAAGAAUCUGAUUGAGGAGGUGACAGAAGAGGCACUGAGGGGCUGCAUCCAUUUGAGGGUGCUGGACCUGAGGCACAACCUGCUGCGUGAGCAAGGCAUCUCUACACAAGCCUGUACCCGUCUCAAGUCCCUUGAAGCCUUGGACCUGUCCCACAACCAAUUCACCUCUGUCCCAAUGAAUCUGCCUCGCCGUCUCCUCAAACUGAAACUCCAACACAACAACAUCAAUCACAUCCCUGCCUUCUCGUUCCGUCACCUGCGGCCGGGCCUACAGUCCCUCCAUCUAUCACACAAUGCCUUGAGCAAUGAGGGUAUGGAACGAGUCUCUUUUGCUGGAACGUUCCGCUCACUGGGUGAGCUCCUUUUGGACAACAAUCGUCUGGAGGAGGUCCCUCGCUGUGUUCGUCAGUUUAAGAACCUGCAGGUGCUGCGACUGGACAACAACCAGAUCAGGCUGGUGAGGAAGUGGGGAGUGUGCCACCCUCGUAAUUCUGGCUCCACCUUGGCUUCAGUCCACUUGGAGAAUAAUCUGCUAGAGUUGGAGAGGAUUCCCCCAAAUGCCUUCUCCUGUCUCACUGAUGCUCAGGGACUGGUCCUCUAUCCACAGCAGGGACACUCAUAAGACCAGUAGGCCGCACAGUGGGACAAACAUACACAGAGAGAUACAUACCCAUAAUAUGCAUCAUCAUGACAUACAGCUACCCAAUUGUUUCUGGGGGUUUUCUGUAUCCUCCAUUUGUCUCCUCUGCUUGCCUCAUUCAUGCAUCAAACCCAUCAGGCAGGGUUUACAGGAAAAAAGCUUUAUCAUGUAGUUUGCUGAGUCAGUCAGUGUUAUAAUUUUAUCAUUGUCAAACCCAUCUUUUUCUUUUUUCUUUUUAUUUUGUCUUUGAUUAGGAAAAUGACUGUUAUGAUUUUGUAUGUAUUAAAGCAAAUGUGUAAUUUA